GCUGGGCCAUCACACACUCACAUGCUCACCCUCACUCUCUCCCCUCCCACUCCACUCCUGCUCUUGCUCUGCUCUCCUGCAGCUCAGCUCGGCUCAGCUCAGCUAGCUCGACGCCUUUCUCUUCCGCAGAGAGGAGCAGCACUCCAUUAAAGAGAGCGAGCAGAGCACCACCGAGGAAAGAGGAAAAUCCUCUCUUUAAACAAAGCGAAAAGGGAGCCCCAAAGCCGAAAGCCAAAGCGGCAAUGGCGUCCUAGAUUCCAGACCAGAGCAACUUGAGCGAAGCAAAUCAAAGCCAAGCAGAGCAGAGAGAUUUCCCACUCCCACUCAUCUCCACUCUCUCUCCCCCUCUCUAUCUUAUUGGCGAUGGAGGCGACGUCGUCGGACCAGUACCGCUCGAGCUCCUCCUCGGCGGGCAGCCCCUCCGCCCCGGCCGGCGGCGCGGGGCGGCGCUACUACUUCCCGAGGCCGGGCCGGCCCGUCUCCUUCGAGGACUCGCCGGACUGGGGGGACGACAUCACCGUCGACGCCGCCGGGGCCGCCCACGACUCCUCCUCCUCCUCCAUCCACCUCGCCUCCGCCUCCGCCGCCAGCAGCGCCUACCCGUCCCCGUCCCCCUCUCUCCCCGGGCCCUCCGCCUCCGGCUCCGGAUUCCGGGAGCGCAAGGUGGCCGGCGCCGCGCUCGUCUGGAAGGAGCUCAGCGUCUCCGUCCGGGACGGCCGCCGCCCCGGACGCGUCGUCAGGGGCUCCAGCGGCUACGCGCUGCCCGGCACCCUCACCGUCGUCAUGGGCCCCGCCCGCUCCGGCAAAUCCACCCUCCUCCGAGCCAUAUCAGGGAGGCUGCGCGGCGCCGAGCGGAUGUACGGCGAGGUCUUCGUCAAUGGCGUCAAGUCACCCUUGCCAUAUGGAUCAUAUGGGUAUGUUGACCGGGACGAUGUGCUAAUCGAAUCUCUCACAGUACGGGAGAUGCUGUACUAUUCGGCGCUCUUGCAGCUCCCCGGCGUCUUCUCAUCAAAGAAGUCAUUUGUGGAAGAUGCUAUCGCGGCCAUGUCGUUAGGUGACUAUGCUGACAAACUCAUUGGUGGACACUGCUUCACGAAGAGGCUUCCGACUGGCGAGAGGAGGCGGGUCAGCAUUGCAAGAGAGCUUGUGAUGAGGCCACAUGUUUUGUUCAUCGAUGAGCCUUUGUAUCACCUUGACAGUGUUUCUGCACUACUCUUGAUGGUAACACUGAAGAAACUUGCCAGCACUGGGUGCACAGUCAUCUUCACAAUGUAUCAAAGCAGCACGGAGGUUUUUGGACUUUUUGAUCGGAUUUGCUUGCUUUCAAAUGGGAAUACCCUCUUCUUUGGGGAAACAUUGGCUUGCCUGCAGCACUUCUCAAAUGCUGGGUUUCCAUGUCCAAUCAUGCAAAGUCCAUCUGACCACUUCUUGAGGGCAAUCAAUACCGACUUUGACAGAAUCAUAGCCAUGUGCAAGAAUCUGCAGGAUGAUCAAGGGGAUUUCUCAUCUGUGAGCAUGGACACUGCUGUGGCGAUCCGGACACUAGAAGCAACGUACAAAUCAUCGGCUGAAGCUGCCUCUGUUGAAUCGAUGAUUGCAAAAUUGAUUGAGAAGGAAGGUCCUUACUUGAAAAGUAAAGGCAGAGCCAGGGAUGCAGCGAGAAUUGGAAUUCUCACUUGGAGAUCAUUGCUAAUUAUGUCAAGAGACUGGAAGUACUUCUGGAGCAGGCUUGUCUUGUAUAUGCUUCUUGCUCUCUCAAUCGGCACCAUAUUUAUCGACAUCGGUCAUUCACUGUCAUCUGUAGUGGUUAGGAUUUCUGCAAUGUUUGUUUUUGUUUCAUUUCUCAUCCUUCUGAGUGUUUGUGGAGUACCUGCUCAUAUUGACGAAAUCAAGAUAUAUUCCCAUGAGGAUUCAAAUCGGCAUUCUGGGACAUUGGUUUUCCUACUAGGCCACUUCCUAGCCAGUAUCCCCUUCCUAUUUCUGGUGUCCAUUUCCUCGUCGUUGGUUUUCUACUUCCUCAUAGGCCUCAGGAACGAGUUCAGCUUCCUUAUGUACUUUAUAAUCACCAUCUUCAUGUGCUUGUUGGCGAAUGAAGCACUUAUGAUGAUUGUUGCGUACAUCUGGCUCGAGACUUACAAGUGCACCUUAACCCUGAUUUGCUUAUAUGUUAUCAUGAUGCUGGUGGCUGGGUAUUUUCGGAUCCGAGACGCAAUACCAGCGGCCGUGUGGGACUAUCCGCUGUCCUACAUUUCAUUCCACACAUACGCCGUCCAGGGCUUGGUCGAGAACGAGUAUGUUGAUACAUCAUUUGCAGUCGGGGCCACAAGGACGAUACCCGGCGUGCAGGCUGUCCGAGGCUCGUAUGGCAUUUCAUCAUCGGCAGGCGCCAAGUGGAUGAACCUCCUUGUUUUGCUCCUGAUGGCGAUCGGCUACCGGGUCGUAUUGUAUGUUUUGCUUCGUCUAGAUGUGAGAAGACAUGUGAGGCUUGGCAGGCGCUCUUGCUGGCCCAGCAUCCACACUAGUGCAGCUCCAAAGUAAGUUUGCCCUGAGCUAUUGGAAGACGUUUUUUUUGGGUGUAUACAUGUGUGAUUCCUUCCUAGGUAGUCAUAUCUGACGCACGGAAAGUAGAAGAGAAACAGAGAGAGAGGGAAUUGGAGAAACAGGUGUGUGUAACAUAACAUAUAUAUACUGUAUGUAUGGGAACUGAAGGAAUGGAUCAUGAGUUGGUUA